AUGGCUGAUUUAUUUUCAGAUAUUGGUGCAAUUGUUUCUGCAGGUGUUGGAAUAGCAACCACUAUUGCUUCAAAGGGGGAAGGUAUAUUCCUUACCGUUACAUCAGACGCCGAGGGUGCAUGGCAUACAGCAACUAGUGGUGUUGUAGUUCAUUUUGAUUCUAUAACCUCAAAGGGUGCACAAGAAUUUGAAAUUGUUACAUCAGAUGCCGCUGGUGUCUUUAGUACAGUUACUCAAGGUGCCGUGAGUGAAUUCUCGAUAGUUACAAGUAAAGGUGAAGGUGAAUUUAGUUCAAUAACUGGAGGUGGGGCAGCAGAUAUUUCUCGCGAGUCAUCAGCUACAAGCACCCCAUCGAGUGGCUCUUCAAGUGAAGCCAGGAGUAGCUCCGAAUCAGCUUCUGAGACUUCCUCCUCAUCUGAGACUUCCUCUUCAUCUGAGACUUCCUCCUCAUCUGAAUCAAGAAGAUCUACAACUAGUGCAGCAACAGCUGCUGGAUCAUCAUCAUCAAGCUCAUCAACUGCAACAAACACAUCUAAUUCCAAAUCUAGUGGAGUUGUCAUUGAACCAAUUAAUUGGAAAAAAUCAAUUGCUAUUGCUGGUUUAAUUGGCUCAUCAUUUGUUUUUAGCUUGUUGUAA